AUGAUAAUUUCGCAUCUAAUGUUUAAACAUCAUGAACGAAGAGAUCGUGAGUCGAAUGAACAAUGGGUAUUCAUUCGUCUGUUCUUUGCACUGAAGCGAAAAGAGGAGGACGACUUCCUUGAAGAACUAGAGCAAGCUAGAGUAAAUCCAGUAUCAUUUAAACAGUUGUUUACUGCUUCCCUGGGUGUCGAAACACUAUUGAUUGCUGCUAUUCGUGAGGAUCUUAUACGUGCGUUGGACAGGAUGAUUCAAUUGGGAGCCGAUACAACAAAAGAUGUGGUGUCUCCGGUAAAAGAAGCGUGUAUUCUUGGUCACUGGAGAUCGCUGGAAAUAUUGUUGAAAUCAAAAGAAUUGGAUUUAAAUUCAGCAGCUCCAUUAACAUUUGUUGUGGAAUUUUUCGGUUACAAAGAUGAUUAUGAAAAGUGUUUUGAAAUUUGGUUGAACCAUCCAACUAUUGACAUUAAUCAACAAGAUAAGCGGAAUAAUACUGCUCUGUUUUAUUCGGUCAAAUACAACAAUGCUCUUGAGUUGCUGAACCGAGGUGCCUACAUUGGAGUUCGAAAUAAAUUUGAUCAGCUCUCGAACCCGAAAAUUGAUGCAAAAGGGCUUGAAAAUUAUUUUAAUAGUUGCAUCAAAACGGAUGAUACAAAACCUCGUUCAACGAGAGACAAUAAUUUUGAAAUUGAGUUUGACUUUAAGAACUUAGUUCACCCUCCACGCACCGAAAGUAUUACCGAUGUGAAGACUUUGAUUGAGAACUUUUCAGAAUCGAAUGACCUCAAGCAUUUAACAAUGCAUCCCUUGAUUACUGGUUUCCUAUCCUUCAAAUGGAAUCAGCUGGCAUGGUUCUUCGUCGCACAUUUUUCCUCGUGUGCAUUAUUCGCUGUCAUCACCGUUCUUUAUAUUUUAGGAUAUUACAAUUACCAUGAACCCAACACAUUGAAGGAUAAAAUGAGUUUGUACAUAUUCUUGUUUACCAUUUAUAAUGCAGCACGAGAAAUAUCUCAACUAAAGUUUUUAAAAAGUAUGGAGAAUUACUUAGGAUGGUUACUGGCUGUAUCUAUGAUGUUGAUUUUGUCCGAUGUUGGUUCAGAUACUUGGCGUCGUAUUUUUGCAGCUACAUCAAUCCUAUUAAUCGCAAUCGAAAUCUUCCUUUUAUUUGGGUUACUACGAAUCCGGUAUUUUUAUGCUCAUUAUGUCAUGUUGAAAACGGUUACCUGGAACUUCUUAAAGAGUUUCUCACUGUAUGCCAUCAUUCCAUUGGCAUUUUCUCUUUCGUUCUUCAUUUUGUUACAUGAGCCACUGAAAGAGAGUACGAAAGGUGAAACGAAUGAUGACAAAGCUGAUGGAGAUUUCAAUACAUUCCCAAAUAUUGGGCUAUCAAUUAUAAAGACGUUGAUGAUGUCCACAGGUGAAUUCGACACUGCCAGCAUCAAUUUUAAAACAAAUGCCUUUAGUUACAUCAUUUUCAUGACAUUUGUAUUCAUCGUUCCAAUUGUUCUUUUGAAUUUGCUGAAUGGCUUGGCCGUGAGCGAUACGCAGACGAUCAAAUCACAAGAUGAACUAACAACAUUUUUGAGUUUAGCACAACUCAUAGCUCAACAUGAAGGCGUAUUCAAUAUCAGAAAAUUCAUGGAAAGAUUCAUGUUUCGUGCAGGCAUCUUCAUAUUCAAAAAGGCACAGUCGGACUGUCGCAUCAUAGUUAUGCCAAAUGACAAUAACCAGAUUAUUAUUCCCUGCUUAAGAGAUCAUGGAGAACCGCAUCGUUGCCGUCGUAUGGAUUCAAAAACCGUUCGCUUUGCCCUUGAACCGAGAUAA